AUGAGUGGUUUCCUGAGUUCCUUUAAUAAAACUAAUAAGGCUAAUAACGGUAUAGAAAAAAUAAGUGCCUCUGCAGCAGACAUGCGAUUUACAAUCCAACCAACCACUCCGGGAGAGUCCGACUUCGCCCAAUGGGUGGGUGCCAUGAAAAUGGUCGCUCAACUUCCGGGGGGAAUACCGCCGGAGUUCAGACGACGGCUCUGGGUCACAAUGGCUGAACGACAUCUGGAAUCGAGAGGGGUGGACUGGUCUCAAGUCGAAAAAACCUGUUUCGGUGACUGGUCGCAUCAUGCCGACGACGAACUGGGCAUCCAGAUCGUCAAAGACCUGCACCGAACCGGUUGCAGCUUGUUUUGUGGCGACGAGGGCCAACAGAAUCAAGCUCUAUUGAAAAAAGUUCUAAUGGCUUACGCCAGAUGGAACAAGGCAGUAGGUUAUUGUCAGGGUUUCAACAUGUUGGCCGCCCUGAUUCUGCAAGUGACCGACAGAAGCUCCAGCGACGCCCUAAAACUGAUGAUUUACCUCAUAGAAGGCGUCUUGCCCGAUUCCUAUUUCGCCGACAGUCUGCGCGGUUUGUCGGUCGACAUGGCCGUGUUCAGGGAGUUACUGCGCAGCAAGUUGCCACGUCUAUCCAAGCACUUGGAUUUGUUGCAGAGCGCAGCCAAAGAUGGCGCCAGAAGUUACGAACCGCCUUUGACCAAUGUCUUCACUAUGCAAUGGUUUCUCACUCUCUUCUGCAACUGUCUGCCCCAACCAACGGUCCUGCGCGUCUGGGACUUAAUUUUCCUCGAAGGCAACGCAGUUCUGCUGCGCACAGCGCUCGCCAUCUGGCAAGUGCUCGCGCAGCAAAUUCUAUCGGUGCGCACAGCGGACGAGUUUUACUGCGUCAUGGGCGCCCUGACGCGAGAACUUCUAGAAUCCAACCUUAUCAAUGCCAAUACGCUUAUAAAAGCCAUCGUAGCCGUCGGGCCGAUCACCGAACUGAAAAGUUUAAGGGAGCACUACUUGUAUAACAUCACGCCGUGGGGCGCGCCCGCACCAAUUAACACCCGGCCCACUAUCAGUUUACAUCCGAAAAUGGAUAUUGGGGCUUUGAAGCAGCAGUAUGUCAAGUUGAAGCAGCGCCAGAGGCAGGCGCACGUCAUUUUUACGUCGGCUGUGUCUGGUCGACCCGCCCCAGCGGCUACGCCGGUCAUGAAUCAUCUUUUGGUGGGGAAAAGAGCUUUGGGUCCAUCCAAACGGCCCGGACCGCCAAAAGGCAGCAUACCGCCCGCCCGCCAACAUCAUCCGAGCACUUUGCACUGGAAAGACGCCACCCAACCGCCCACCGCAGCCGCCUGCUGCAGCUCCUCCAGUUCCAGCGAUACAGAGCUCUGCGACGAAGAUGACGUACCAAGUUCCGAAGAAGACGUAGAAGAAAAAAAGACUGAAGCAAGUCAAUUGGACAAUUCCAAACCUAAUACUAUCGCUGAUAAUUUAAUUCAAAUUACUCCUGAUUUAAAAAUCCCGUCCGACUGUGAAGAGGGCGACCAAAGUGCCGAGUUCGAGUUGUUUUUAGCUGAUCGCUCGAAAUCUAAAGAUAGUCUAAUUGCCUCUUCUAGUCCAAAUAAAAUACCCUCUGAUUCUGAAGAAGGUGACGAAAGUGCUGAGUUUGAGCGAUUUUUGGCCGACCGAUUGAAAGGUGACCAAACAACUAGACGUAACAGUGAAUUGGCUUUACAAAUCAUUCAAGAGAACUCAUUAAUUUUGCAUAGAAUUAUGCAGUGUCAGUCUAGAUUGUCACCUUCUCCUCCAUUAUUAAGAUCAAAAGACGACGAUAAUUCUGUAUUGAGUGAAAAGCAAUCAAAUGAAGACGAUUUUGAGGGUGAAGCGACAAAUAAUUUUGAUUUAUCUUCGUUUUUGGUUGAGAACGAUUUUGACUCAAAAAUAUCAAUCACAGAUUAUUCUGACUCGAAAACGCAAUUGAUCGAUUUUGAUCCAUUGAUCAAAGAAGAUUCGGACCAAAAAUUGCCAAAUGAGAACAAAACCGAUUUAGAUUGGAAUGACGAGCAAUCAAUUAAAAUAUUUACUGAGCCAAAAAUCACAAUCGACGAUUCUCAUGUGAAAUCGUGGAUCGAAAACGAUUUUGUGUCAAUUGAAACACAGGAAAUCAAAGAAAUGAAAUUGUCUUUUGAAUCAAAAAUUGAAAUAAUCAAAAAUGAUUCUGAGUCGCCAUUAUUGGAUGAUAAUUCUGAGUUAGUUGAUUUUGAUCAAAAAUUGACUGAUCUUGACCUAAUUUCACCUCUUUUGCCAAUCAAAGACAAUUCUGACCCAGAAACACAAUUAAAUUCUGACCUAAAAAUUCAAUCAAUCAAAAACGAGUUCGACUCAUUAGCUGAUAGUCAUCCAAUCAAAUAUAAUUUCGAUUUGUUAAUUAAAAACGAUGACAUAAAAUUAGAUGAUUCAUUACCAGACAACAAUCAAUACUCGUCUCGUUUGCGCAGUCUAUUGGAAAAAAGCAAAAGUUUAGACGAAAAAUACAACUUUAUGUUGAACAAAGACAAACUGACACCCACUCUAGGUGGUCUACAUGAAAGUAAGUCUGAAGAACCCUUGACUUUGGACAAAGACAAUAAAUCAAAUCAGUUGAUUCAGGAGAACUUAUACUUGUUAAAAACCUAUUCGGCCAAUAAAAUUAAAGAAGAAAGGACUAGUUUGUCUAGGAAAUUGUUUCAGGAAAAUGUCUGUUUGCUCGAAAGUAUUUCAAAUAAAUCUGAUUCAAUCGACAUUCAAAAUUUUUCAGACGAUGUUUCAUCUUCUUUAACCGAUUUACAAGCAAUAAGUUUCCAAAUAAUCACUGAUGAUGACUGUGAUAAGGUUGUAAUUGAUUCAUCUAGCUUAUCAUCUCCUCGAAAUAGCCCAGUAAAGUCAGAUAGUGAUGAUAAACCUGAAUCAAUUUCAGUUACAACAUCCGCAAAUGACUUGUCUAAUGAUAAUAGUAGAAGUCCCACUAAUAAAUCUCCCGAUCGAGUGAUGUUUAAUCCAUUUCCGAUUUCUAUGAAUUCCAGGCAAAACAAAGAGGUGGCUGUGAAAUUGGGUCUGUAUAAAAAGUGA